AUGCUUUCGCGACUCCUUGCCACUUCUGCGUCCAGCGCACGCGCAGGCGCGCGCUUGGGGAGCCGGUACACGUCAAUGCGUGAUUUUGCUAACACUCGUCCUGUGCAGGGCGUCGAAAUCACCCCCAUCAGCCCCGGAGACGGUGUCAACUUCCCCAAGAAAGGCGACAGGGUUUCUAUCCACUAUGUCGGCACUUUCCUCGACGGCAAGGAGUUUGACUCGAGCAGGAGGCGUGGCUCCCCAUUGGUCACCAAAAUCGGUGUUGGCAGCGUGAUCAAGGGAUGGGACGAGGGCGUUCCCCAGCUCUCCCUCGGCCAAAAGGCCAUCCUCACCGUUUCCCCAGACUACGCCUAUGGCGCUGGUGGAUACCCACCCAUCAUUCCUCCCAACUCGACUCUCAAGUUUGAAGUCGAGCUCAUCAAGAUCAACUAG